AGGGCUUCCCCUUCCGGGUCAGCGCCCUCCAGCCUCUGCCCCGGGAGCCACAUGAGCCGUCGCUUCCUACACGGUUUGGUGUCGCUACUGUUGCCGCCACUGUCCCUGCAAACCCAGCGCUGCAUGCUUGGCUCAGAGACUGUCCCGCCGCCCAAGCGACCCCGCAGUGACCUCAUGGCACCGCCCCGAAUCGGGACGCACAACGGCACCUUCCACUGCGACGAGGCAUUGGCGUGCGCAUUGCUUCGCCUCCUGCCGGAGUACCGGGAUGCAGAGAUUGUUCGGACCCGGGACCCUGAAAAAUUGGCUUCGUGUGAUGUCGUGGUGGACGUGGGUGGCGAGUACGACCCUAAGAGACAUCGAUAUGACCAUCACCAGAGGUCUUUCACGGAGACCAUGAGCUCCCUGUCCCCUGGAAAGCCGUGGCAGACUAAGCUGAGCAGUGCAGGACUCAUCUAUCUGCACUUCGGGCACAAGCUGCUGGCCCAGUUGCUGGAUAUGAAUGAAGAGGACAGCAUGGUGGGCACCCUCUAUGACAAGAUGUACGAGAACUUUGUGGAGGAAGUGGAUGCCGUAGAUAAUGGGAUCUCCCAGUGGGAGGGAGAGCCUCGAUAUGCACUGACCACCACCCUGAGUGCCCGGGUUGCUCGACUUAAUCCCACCUGGAACCAGCCCAACCAAGACACUGAGGCAGGGUUCAGGCGAGCCAUGGAUCUGGUCAGGGAGGAGUUUCUGCAGAGACUAGACUUCUAUCAGCACAGCUGGCUGCCGGCCCGGGCCUUGGUGGAAGAGGCCCUGGCCCAGCGAUUCCAGGUGGACCCCAGUGGGGAGAUACUGGAACUGGCAAAAGGUGGAUGCCCCUGGAAGGAGCAUCUCUUCCAUCUGGAAUCUGAGCUGUGCCCCCCAGUGGCCAUCGCCUUUGUUAUCUACACUGACCAGGCUGGGCAGUGGCGAGUACAGUGUGUACCGAAGGAGCCCCACUCAUUCCAAAGCCGGCUGCCCCUGCCAGAGCCAUGGCGGGGUCUUCGGGACAAGGCCCUGGACCAGGUCAGUGGGAUCCCUGGCUGCAUCUUCGUCCAUGCCAGUGGCUUCAUUGGAGGGCACCACACCAGAGAGGGUGUCUUGAACAUGGCCCGGGCCACACUGGCCCAGCGCCCAGCACCUGUGCCUCCCACAAAUCCACUCAUCUAGUAAAACUUCUUCCAUCUCA